AUGAGCGAUGGGGCCCGAAAUGUCAAGAAGCUUUCCAUCGACGCAGAGCCAAUCCAGGCAAGCUCGAGGAGCCCGCGAUGCCUCCUCAUUGGGAACGCACCGCCCAAGUUCGUAACAGACCUCUCCUCGUCGCUGCUAGGGCAUGUCAUCCUGCCUCUGACGCUCCGCUCUUCAUCCCUGCAGACAACCAACGACCCUCCACCAGACGACAAUCCAUGGGGAGGCGCCGAAUUGUGGAUGGCAUCCCCCAGUGCCAACGGUCUAUUCCUCUUCGGGGGCACACCUGGUUCAGUCUUGACCACCAUCAUGCUGCUCCGUCCCAUCCAAUGCGCGAGCGAGAGCAAGACGGGGAGAGAGAGAGAGAAAAUGAGCAGAUCACGCCGCCGCCGUCUCCGUGGGACAUUUGCAUCGUGGCAGACGCGCGUGGAAUAUCAUCGUGCGCCGACGUGCAGCGCCGCAUCGUCCACUCUACCAACUAACAACCCAUGCCGUCUCCAGACCCUUCUCUCUCUCUCCAUACGCCGGGCCUCUUUUCCAUCGUCCCACGUCCUCGACCCCGAUGCCAUGCCUCAACUCUAA